CGGGCAGAGCGGAGCACGGCACGGAACGGCACGGCCCCGGGCACGGCACCGGGCCCGCAGCUGCCCAGCACCCAGCGGAGGUGGGACGGCAGCGGUAGCUCACGAUGGCCCUGGCAGACAACGCGGGCUGUGCCAAACCCAGCGAGGACUUCCCUUUCCCCGAGAUCAUUGAACUCAACGUGGGUGGACAAGUCUACAUCACCCGCCACCCCACCCUGGUCAGCGUGCCGGGCUCGCUGCUCUGGGAGAUGUUCACGCAGAAGAACGUCCGCUCCUUGGCCCGUGACAGCAAGGGACGGUUCUUCGUGGAUCGGGACGGAUUCCUCUUCCGCUACAUCCUGGAUUACAUGAGGGACCAGCAGCUGGUGCUGCCCGACCACUUCCCAGAGCGGAGCCGCCUGCAGCGGGAGGCCGAGUACUUCAUGCUGCCGGAGCUGGUGAAGAUGCUGGCCCCCAAGCUCAGCAAGCAGAACUCUCUGGGAGAUGACCCGUGCCAAAGCGACCCCGAGGAGCUCUCCCCCAGCGCCGAUGCUGCACGCAGCCUGGCCCCUGCCAGCUCCACGCUCCCCAGUGCUGCGGCCGGUGGCCCCGGGGCCACAGCCACCACCGGCACUGGUGCUGCUGGCCCCGAUGCCCGCAGGGCUGGGUUCAUCACCAUCGGGUACCGGGGCUCCUACACGCUGGGCAGGGACAGCCAGACGGAUGCCAAGUUCCGCCGGGUGGCGCGGAUCAUGGUCUGUGGCAAGACAGCGCUGGCCAAGGAGGUUUUUGGGGAUACCUUGAAUGAGAGCAGAGACCCGGACAGGCCCCCAGAGAGGUACACCUCCAGGUACUACCUCAAAUUCACCUUCCUGGAGCAAGCCUUUGACAAACUGGCUGAUGCUGGCUUCCACAUGGUGGCUUGCAACUCCACAGGCACCUGUGCCUUCGCCCACGACCAGACAGAUGACAGGAUCUGGACCUCUUACACCGAAUAUGUUUUCUAUCGUGAGUGACACCAAAAAUAAACACCCACCAAACACC